CUCAUUCGUCUCUCUGUACGAGUACAACCAAAACCCCCCUCUAUUGCUUUUAUAUUAAUACCCAUCCCAACAAACCCACAUAUUCAAUGUUUCUUUUUCCUUCUUCUUCUUCUUCUUCCUUCUCUGUUUUAAUCUCCAAUGGCUUCUCGGACUCUGACCCUUCUCUUCCUUUCCAUCUUCCUCUGUCUUACCCUCUCAGCCUUUGCCCACAGUGGCCACGACCACGACCACGACGACGGCGGCGAUGAGAGCGCCACCACCUCUGGAAACGGCGAAGCUAAGGAUCUUCGUUCGAAGCCUCUUAUACUUGUGAAGAUAUGGUGUUUGAUAUUAAUCUUCAUUGGGACUUUUAUAGGUGGGGUUUCACCUUACUUCUUCAAGUGGAAUGAAGGUUUUUUGGUUCUUGGCACGCAGUUUGCUGGGGGUGUUUUUUUGGGUACGGCUCUGAUGCAUUUUCUGAGUGAUGCAAAUGAGACUUUCCAGGACUUGACUAAGAAAGAAUACCCUUUUGCUUUUAUGCUGGCUUGUGUUGGGUUUUUGUUGACUAUGCUUGCUGAUUGUGUGAUUUCCUAUGUGUUUGUGAAGCAGAAGGGUGGUGGUGGGCCUGUUGGUAAUCUUGAUGGUCAAGGGAGUGUUGAAGAGGGAAAAGGAGGUCCAAAUGAUGGAAUUCCAAAAUCUCAGAUUCAGGAUCAUCAUGGACACCACUUUGCAAAUCCUUCUCUAAGCAUUACAAAAGUUGAUUCAUUUGGAGAUAGCAUUUUAUUGAUCACAGCUUUGUGUUUCCACUCCGUGUUCGAGGGUAUUGCAAUUGGAGUUGCAGAGACAAAAGCAGAAGCUUGGAAAGCUUUGUGGACUAUAUCUCUGCACAAGAUAUUUGCAGCAAUAGCCAUGGGAAUUGCUCUGCUCCGGAUGCUUCCUAACCGUCCUUUCUUAUCAUGCAUAGCCUAUGCUUUUGCAUUUGCCAUUUCAAGUCCGAUUGGGGUGGUUGUUGGAAUAAUUAUAGAUGCCACAACCGAAGGAGCUGUGGCGGAUUGGAUAUUUGCCAUAUCAAUGGGUCUGGCUAGUGGGGUAUUCAUCUAUGUAUCGGUAAACCAUCUUCUAUCAAAGGGUUACGCACCUCUCAAGUCAGUUACUUUGAACACACCACAUCACAAGUUCUUGGCUGUGUUGCUUGGUGUUGGGGUAAUCUCUGUUGUGAUGAUUUGGGACACUUAGAAAGUAGAAACCCACUUUUUGAAUGGAUUUUCAAUUAUUCUAUUCUAUGGCGAGGCAAAUAUAAAUACGAAAGUUAUGAUUUUGGUUUUUGUAAAAAAGUUUAGUCAAUAUUCACCCAAAAAAAAAAAAAAAAAAAGGUUUAGUCAAUUAUAAGUUUGUGCUACAGGUAAUUCCAAGUAGAAUCAGAUUCUUAAACAGUAUUUCUCGAGAUAUAUGUACUCUUGUGGUUUUUCAUUGGACGAGUGAUGCAGUAUUCAAUUUAGAAAUUGGGUUGGAAAACUUAAAUCUUUUUUCA